AUGCAAGGGAAGCGGCGCAAUGAGCCCGGCAGUAGCGACGAGCGCCACAGACCAACGAAGCGUGCGCGCCUUACCGAAAUCCACCCCUACGAUUCGGAUUCGAAAUUGAGAUCUCAAGACAAUAACGCUAUCUUCGCCGCCAUCGACUUGCUGUCCUCGUUAUCCGACGAGCUUCUCAUCCGCAUCCUGUCCUUCUUGUCCACUUCUAAUCUUCUCGGUAUCUCGCCCGUUUCCCGCCGUUUCUACCGCCUUUCUGCCGACUCUCAGCUAUGGCGCACGCAUUUUUAUCAUCGCUUCGUCCUGCCGCGCGCUCUGAAGAUACCCGGUUUUCGCGAUGGCUCUGCACGAGACAGCAGUCGAAUACAGUUUUCCACACGCCGAACCGUCUGGGCCGACGGUGGCUGGGGUCGGCGAGAUGCUCUGGGAGAUUCUGUCGAUUGGAAACGCCAGUACAAACUACGGCACAAUUGGGCUAGUGGUAAUGCUUUGGUUCAAGAGGUGAAGGUUGGGGAAUCUUUGCUCGGCUCUGCGGGCGCAGGGAAGACUCUACUCAAAGUGAUUGAGGGUAUCGCGGUCACUGCCGACUGCGUUUCUGGCAUGCGAGCCUGGGACCUCAAGACGAGAGAGCCUGUCGCCCAAAUCAGCUUCAAGCAUGGAAACUGCGGAUCAUCUCCUACUUGCUUAGCGAUUGAUGCCCGGAAGUUUGAGAAUAAGAGACUUGACAUCGCAGUCGGUUUUAUGGACGGGAGCUUUGGCGUUUGGGAGCUUUAUAUCAAAGAAGGCAGGUUUCAGAAAAGAUACAAGCACGAAAAGUCCAGCAACGGCCGACUGGUGGAGAUCGUCUAUCAGCACCCCUUUAUACUCACGGCAACAGAAUCAGUUCUGAUAUCUCUCUACGAUUUUGAACGAGCAUCCUCUGGCGGGAAGCUAGUGGCGUCCAGCAGCCAACGAGACACUGUUACUCUGAAAGAAAGGGGGAGUGAGGCUGCUGCGGAAACUGCGACCCUUCCAGAGUCAGAAAGGCCCAUGGCAGCGUCUCCAUUGUCAAAGUGUGACAAAACUCAUAACCCAUUGCAAGGAGCCACGCUACUCCCGGCUCCUAUUCUUUUGACUUCACUCAAGUCACACACAUCUAGAGCCCCAUUGGCUCUGUCUAUUCGCCAGGUGACUUCGCAUGUAAUCGCGUCGAUUGCAUAUACGUUUUCCACUUUGGAAGGAUGGUCAAUUGGUAUACAGGAUCUACAGAUACGGCCACAAGGCGCAGGCCAGCCAGCUUCAGAAAUCGUCUCAACACGACUCGCUUUCACCAAGCCUGUGAAGGCUGCGCCUGCAGUUUUAUUGACUUCCUCGACUGCGAGCCCGCAGCUUCCAUCCCAAACACAGACGCCCGAAGGCCCGACGACACUGUGCUACAGCCAUCCGUAUCUUUUGGCUGCGCUACCAGAUAACACUAUGAUUCUAUACAUUUGUACAUCAAAUGCUACAAAGCUCGAUAUUUCUGCAGGUAUUCGCCUCUGGGGCCAUACAUCAGGCAUCAGCGACGCUGAAAUCACGACACGAGGUAAAGCCGUGAGCGUCAGCUCUCGAGGCGAACAAAUACGGGUCUGGGAACUCGAGGGACGCGUCAGUGGCAAAAGUAUCGAGAUCAGGCCAAAAACAACCUCAGGCUCUGUUUUCACAGAUACCAUCGUGCCCUCACCUGAAGCGACGCCAGACCGCUGGGACGACCGACGUAACUGGGUAGGCUUUGACGACGAAAUGGUCAUCGUGUUGAAGGAAGCUAUGGACGGGAAGGAGAGUCUCGUUGUGUAUGAUUUCUCAUGA